ACCUUUGUUGUGCAAUGCGCAUGCGCGCAAGAUACCUUCAAAGCGGUCAGGAAUAUUUACAGUUUCGUUCUGGUGAAUGCUGUUUGGGCCCUGUAGUGUAUAGUGUAUUCCGUAAAUUAGUUUAAAUUGUUAAAUUCUUAAAGAAUGUACAAUAUUUCUGUGAUAUGUUUACCUCAUUGCGGCACGGUCAUUAAAAUCUAGUAUUUUGUUAUCCUUAUACCACAUGCUUGCAUAGCUUGACUAUAAUGGUGAGUUUCCGACGCGCAUUUGAAUGUGUCAUGCGAAGAUGACAACAUGCCUACGUACAUUUAUACAGAAAACAAAAAAUACUAUAGAUUUUUAACAUUAUUUUCAACCUGACCGGGUUUUAAAGUUAUGCAUCUCUCCGGCCUGCUUACUUCAGCAGUUUCAUUGAUGUAAGUAAACCUUGUAGACAUCCCCGAUCAUUUAUAAAGCCACACCCACAACGUAAAGCAUGCUGCUGUUAUAGGAACGCCAUUUCCCAACAUGCAAUAUAACGAUACGUCAUAAGUCUGCGUCGGAGUUUGUUUUGAACGGUUGGAAGGUAGCGCCUUGGAAGCUGCUGACAGAAGGUUUGUCCAUCAAAAUGUUUAUGCCGAGAGCCCUAAAGGUAAAGAGACCUUCCCAGGCACCAGGUCACAUUUUGAAUAAGAAAAGCAAGCUAGGCGAGGAGGAGAGCGAAGACCAAAGUGAUUCGGCAACACCUGUUCAGAAGGAGGACGCACGUGAAGACACCAAACCACAGGAUGAGGCAAAGCCAACAGUCGUAAGCUCUGCGUGUUUGACGGCGACUCCAGUGCAAGGUGAUGGACACGACUCCGACUCAAAUGAUGCGGAGGAAGAAGAGGAGGAACCCGUGAAAUCAUUCAAAAAGAGCCAGAGAUGGCCAGAGCCAGGGGAGCCUGUCUGCGUAAUGUGUGGUCGCUAUGGGGAGUACAUUUGUGACAGCACCGACAAUGACGUUUGCAGUCUGGAGUGCAAAGCCAAACAUUUGGUCCAAAUGGGGAUGGGGACGGGGGCGGAUGCGUUUAUCCGUAAGGACGUAAUCGGAGAUGAGAGGACUCCGCUUCAACAGCAGGCAGUUGACGCCGGUGGAGAGGGUGAAAGGGAGCCGGGCUAUUCCUACAAGGACGAUCAGUUCAUAUCCGGCCUAACGGAUGAGCAGGUCCAGAGGAUUAAACGGGAGCUGGGCAUUGAAACCCAAGGGGAAGAUGUGCGGAGACCCAUCAUUGAGUUUGAACAUUGUGGCUUCCCUGCCACACUCGGUGGCAACUUGAAAAAGGCCGGCUAUCAGGCGCCAACUCCGGUCCAGAUGCAGAUGGUCCCAGUGGGUCUCAGUGGGAGGGAUGUGAUCGUCAGCGCCGACACCGGCUCAGGGAAGACCGUGGCCUUCCUGCUGCCAGUGGUAGUGAGGGCGAUGGAGAAAGCAGCCCGUGGUGUAAGCAGCCCCGUGGCUCUCGUCCUGACCCCCACCAGGGAGCUGGCCAUCCAGAUAGAGAGACAGGCCAAGGAGCUGGUGAUUGGCCUCCCGAACAUGAGAACCGCGCUGCUGGUGGGCGGCAUGCCUCUUCCCCAACAACUCCACCGCCUUAAAAGCAACAUCAAAAUCAUCAUAGCCACCCCUGGGCGACUCCUUGACAUCCUGAAGCAGAAGGCAGUGCAGCUGGACAAAGUGAAGGUUGUGGUGGUUGAUGAGGUUGACACCAUGUUGAAGAUGGGCUUCCAGCAGCAGGUCCUGGAGGUUUUGGAGCAAGUCCCAGAAGAACACCAAACUCUGCUGGCGUCGGCCACCAUCCCAAAAGGGACGGAGGAGCUAGCUGCCCGAUUGGUUUGCGACCCCGUCCGUAUCACCAUUGGAGAGAAGAACCAGCCCUGUGCCAACGUGAGGCAGAUCUUGCUGUGGUUGGAGGAACCCUCCAAGAAGAAGAAGCUGUUUGAGAUUCUCAAUGACAGUAAGCUGUACCAGCCUCCAGUGGUGGUUUUUGUAGACUGUAAACUUGGCGCUGAUCUACUGUGCGAGGCGGUCGUCAAGGUGACGGGCCUUAAAACUGUGGCAAUCCACUCCGACAAGACUCAGCGGGAACGCAACCGCAUCCUCAGGGGUCUUCUGGAAGGAGACUUUGAAGUGGUAAUCAGUACAGGUGUGCUGGGUAGAGGGUUGGACCUGGUGAACGUGCGGUUGGUGGUAAACUUCGACAUGCCAAACACAAUGGAUGAGUACGUCCAUCAGGUUGGCCGGGCAGGUCGACUGGGACACAGAGGGACAGCCAUUACUUUUCUCAACAACAGCAACAAACGUCUAUUCAUAGAGGUGGUAAAGCGGGUCAAACCCACAGGAUCAAUCCUGCCACCUCAGCUCCUUAACUCACCCCACCUCCACGAGCAGCAGAGGAGGGAAAAACAAAAGGCCAAGCAAGGGCCUGAUGACGCGCUGGUCACCAAGAACAACCUCAUAGACAUCAUAAGGAAACACGACCGUCGGAAUAAAUAGGCUGUACUUCCGAUCGUUGGUGUUUCCUCUUCAUCUUGCAAAUGCUGAAUGUUUUUUUUGUUUUGUUUUUUGGGGGGGUUGACAAUUUUAAUAAAUGGUGUAAUGUAAAAGACUUCACCAAAGUUCUGAUGAACGGGCUUUUCAUGCCACCGUAGUGGUGCACUUUUGUCUCUAUUGAAAACUGCGAUGCAGUAUAAAAUGAAAACAUUAAA